AAGAGGGGGAGGAAAAUAGAAGUGGAGAGAUAAGAUACCCAAUGGAGGUGUUUAUUUAAGUGGUGUCAUGUCUCUGGCACAUACCAACAACAGGGUUUGUCUGAGCUGUCUGUUUCGUGAGAGGCACACAAUACCUGAGACAAGCAUAGAGACCACAGGGGAACAGAAAUAGGGUGCGGAGGGAUCAGUGGGGCUUCUUUUUCUACAUUUUCUCAGUGCAUGUGACCGGGGCCAGCAAUGAGUAAACAGGCAACUCUGGCCACCUGUAUUGCCAAGUUGUAUGAAGGAGGCAGGCUGGAGAACUCUGGAACUCCAUCUGGGACAGUCAAGAAGCGGAGUCCAACUCUGAUAGGUAGCCUGAGCAAUGUGGAGGUCAAGUUAAACGCCCUGGAAGGGAAGGUGGAACAGAUCGAACAUACCCAGACGGAGGUCCUUCACAAGCUGAGUUCAUUGUGCCAAGGAAUGGAGGCGCUAGAAAGGAGCCUUAUGCAGCACAAGCAGGGUGCUCAAGAAGCAAACGUGAUUAAAAAUGGUCAGCGAGAGAGCAACAAACUUCCUUUGCUGACAGAGGUCAGAUCGCUUUGUGGUGAAACUGUGGAUCUGCUUCAUAAUCUCAAGCAUGAGAACCAGCAGCAGAGAAAGAAGAUUGAAUGCAUGGAAAUGUCUUUGUCCACUCUGGAGAAAGUAUCAGGGUAUGUGGGGAAUGCUUUCCGUAACUCAAAGAUAGUGGAGUUCAUCCUCAAUGGUGUGGUGCCUUGGAGGAAACAAGGCCUUCUGGAUACUGUGGAGGAAGAGAAAAACAAACCAGAUGACAACAACAUUACACCAAACAACAGUUUCUGCCACCAGUGCACACAGACUUCAGAGGAGGUUACAGAAGUAAUUUCAGCUGAGACUGAACUCCUGCAGCCAGAGGUCACUGUUCCCACUGGUCCCAGCAGCCUACCUUUUCCUGAAGCCCUUACAGGUGAAAGCGAACCUCUGAUACCUGUUAGUACAAGAGUAAGCUCCAAAGCCUUAAGAAAGGCCAAGGAGGUCACUGUGAAAAGCAGAGCACCUGCACAGAUCCAGACAUUUGCUCCUGAAAUCCAGCUGGAGGAGGAGAAUGACGUGCAUUAUGUACCCAAACAAGAGACAGAUAUCUCAGCCGCCGCGCCAGCUAAUGCUGAAUGUGUCACUGUGACAACAACUAAAGUGGAAAAAGAUGUGGCUCUUCAGCAAGAGAGGGCUCUUGAACAGGCAGAUGCUUCACAGGUUGGUGUGGAGGCUUUACUCAAGUCAAUAGUUCCUGAGCAACAAAUGGAGCCAAACGUUGAGGUUCCUCAAAAACAGGCUGAGGUUUCUCAGGUUGGUGAUGAGGCUUCAUUGAAACCGUCAGUUCCUGGACAGCAGCAACUAGAGAAGGAUAUUCCUCACAAACCUCUGCUCUGCACCAAAGAGCCUAUCGACGAGGUCAAUUCACAACAAAAAGAGACAGUGGAGAGUCUAACAUCUGUGCCGAUACAUGAUGAGGGAAAGACAGAAUCUGAGCCAGCUAACAAGGAAAACGAAAACAAAACUAUAGAGAAGAUUUUGGAGUCUGACGCAUUAAUGAACUGUGCAGCUACUAGUCCACAAAAAACAGCCAUUGUUGAGGGAGGAAAAGCAAAAUCGUCACCUCUUAGAAAAUCUGAGUCACAGCUAAUGAUCGUUGAUGACAUUCCACCUCUUCCAGCCCCGUUUGAGCAUCGCAUCGUCAGCGCCAAGCAGGUUCCCAUGAACGCAUAUUACGCCGUCAACCCCGAUAAAUUGCUUGGCGGAGGCCAUUUUGGACAGGUACACAAGUGUGCUGAAUUGUCGUCAGGUCUUACGCUGGCUGCUAAGAUUGUAAAAGUCCGGGGAAGGAAAGAGAGGGACGAAGUGAAGAAUGAGAUUGGAGUAAUGAACCAGUUAAACCAUGCGAAUUUGAUUCAGCUGUAUGAUGCUUUUGAGACUCGAACAAAUCUCACACUCAUUAUGGAAUAUGUGGAGGGUGGUGAAUUGUUUGAACGUAUCAUUGAUGAGAAUUACCACCUGACGGAGCUGGAUGCCAUUGUGUUUACCAGGCAGAUUUGUGAGGGGGUUCAGUACCUUCACCAGCAGUACAUUCUCCAUUUAGAUCUUAAGCUAAACCGCACACACAGCACUGAAUGUUAUAAUGUGACUCUGACGGGAUUAGCAGCGCAUAGUGUCGGCGUUCUCUAUGGAAAAAUCCACCAGCGAAUUACACAUCCAGAAAAUAUCUUAUGUGUGAACAGCACAGGGAAUCAGAUCAAGAUCAUUGACUUUGGACUCGCCAGAAAGUAUAGACCCAGAUAAAAGCUGAAGGUCAACUUUGGAACCCCAGAGUUUCUGGCACCAGAAGUUGUCAACUAUGACUUUGUGUCAUUUCCUACAGACAUGUGGAGUGUUGGUGUCAUUACAUACAUGCUUCUGAGCGGCCUUUCUCCCUUCAUGGGUGACAACGACACAGAAACAAUGAACAACAUUCUGCACGCCAACUGGGACUUUGAUGCAGAGGCAUUUGAGAAUGUGUCAGAAGAAGCCAAAGACUUAAUUUCCAGCCUUCUUGUGCCCGCCAAAUGCAGCCCUAUGAGUGCAUCAGGGUGCAUGAAGCAUAGUUGGCUAAAUAACCUGGAGGACAAGGCCAAGAUGUACAAAGUUCGGCUAAAGUCUCAGAUGAGGCUUCAGUGUUACCUCGCUGCUCACCGCCAGUGGAAGAAACAUUUCUAUGCGGUUGCUGCAGCAAACAGGUUGAAGAGGUUUCAGCAGAGCAAACCAGUUAGUACUCCGAAUUAGCUAUUAACCUGCAGUGUCAGUAGCUUGAGAGGACAUCACGUUACAUCGCACACUGGAAAGUGAACUUGUUUUCUGAAGAUUUGAAAUGGCUUUUUAGAAAGUGUUUAAAAUGUUCUUGCUUUGUUUAUAGCAAGUCGAAAAACAUCUUGUUAAAAAGUGUCACAUUUUCUUAAUUUACCUUGUUUGGAACACCAUUGCAUUUAAUUUACACUUUAUCAUGCCUUCAGACCAGGAGUGUAUUGCAUGGAUUGCGGGGCGUGCUUUUGAACCUCAUGAAUAAGAUUUUGUCCCUUCUGUGAAGGCGUUUUUCUUGGACACUUAUAUUAGAAUUUAAACGAAGCUGUUUUCAUUCUCAUUGUUGUUUUUUAUUUGAGUAAAAAACACAGAGCAUGAAGAUUUGGUAUAGAAACACUGUAUUCAGACUAUAUUUUCAAUCUUUCUUUAGCCUGUUGAUUAGAACUGGAAACAAAAUCUGAGUAAGAGACUCAAGAGAUAAAGAGCAGGC